UGCGACUUGUCAGUCUUUCAAGUGAGUUAGUGAUAAGAGUUUAAAACGUUUUUUGCUUGACAAGUUUCAUUGAAUGUAUCGAUCAUUAUGUUUUUCAAACAUUGCUAAAAAUAUUGAUCAUUGUGAAGGUUCGAGCGUAUAAGUGAACUUAUAUUUAUUUGAAUAAAAUAGUAAAAGGACCAUAGAAUAUUACGAGUGCUAGCUUCUCAAGUAAUCUUUGGAAGGCAAGCAAUAUACCUAUAUAUGAAGAGCAGAGCCACAUUGAAAAAUGUUAUUCUUAUGAAUGCUAUUUUUUUCUCUGAUAUUAUUUUAUUCAUCAACUAUUAUUGGAAGAAAACAGCAUCUACUGCUAUUUUUCCCCAUCUGAAAUAAUCGAAAGAACUUCAACAUGUCCAGCAAUAGCAACGUUAAUACAGUUCUUGGGAAAGUUUCUGUUCACAAGUUGGGAAGAACGCUAACUCAUGAACAUGUGACACUCAGUUUUGAUAAAUUUUUCUCCCCACCGCCAAGACAUCUAGAAUCCUAUUUAAGUGGAGGUAUUUCGCUCGAGAAUGUUGGAAUUGUAAGACAAUAUCCAUACAGCUGCAAGUACAAUUUAGAGUUCAGGGGACCUGAAGUCGACGAAGCUGUAAUUGAGGAUCUAAGGUUUUUUAAGAAAUGUGGUGGUGGAACCAUAAUUGAGAAUACAACUUAUGGCCUGAACAGAAACAUUCCUUUGAUGCUUAAAGCAAGCAAAGAGACUGGAGUCAAUAUAAUUCUCGGCACAGGGUAUUAUGUGAGUGGAGUUCAAGGCAGAUCAGCGUUAAGUAAAAGUUCAGAAGAAAUGUACAACUAUAUGAAAGCCGAAUUGCUUGAUGGAUGUUUAGGAUUUCCUGAUGUCAAGUGUGGUAUGAUUGCGGAGCAAGCCAGCUCUUGGCCAAUAGAUGAUUUUGAGAAGCGAGCGAUUGAGAGUGCAGCCCAAGUGCAGUCGGAGGUGAACUGUGCGGUGAGCUUCCACCCAGGCCGUGACCAGCAGGCUCCCUUCGAGAUACUGCGCAUAUUUCAGGAAGCCGGAGGCAAGGCUAGCAGAACUGUCAUGUCGCAUCUUGACAGGACGCUAUUAACAGAGGAAUCGCUAUUGGAGUAUGCGUCACAGGGAGGCUACUGCCAGUUCGACCUGUUCGGGACGGAAUGCUCGCUGUACCAACUGAAUCCAUCGGUCGACAUGCGGUCUGAUGCACAGAGAAUCGAUCAAAUAAUCGCUGUCAUCAAUAACAGCGGAGAUGACAAAAUACUCGUGUCACAUGAUAUACACACUAAACACAGACUGAUAAAAUUCGGAGGCCAUGGAUUUUCGCAUCUACUGACCAGUGUGGUGCCAAAAAUGCUUGUGAAAGGUAUAUCACAACGACAAAUCGACAAGAUUCUCAUGGAUAAUCCGGCCUCUAUGCUGUGUGGCUGACAAACAAAGGACCAAGUAGGCUAACCCAGUGACAUUCACAUUCAUUUUAAACUGUUAUUGUAUCGAUUGAAUAAGAGCAUUGAUGAUUUUAAUAGAAAAUACUGAUAACUUAAAGUGAAACUCACUGUAUAAAAAUUGACAACAUUUACAUUAAAGUGAAAAAUACUAUACGUGAUAAUAGGGAUGUUACCAAGUCAACAAAUUAAUUCACAAAUAGAAAACGGACAACUUUAUUUGAUUCAUUAUCUAAAUUGGGAAAUACCUUUAUAAAUAGAAUAUGAAAUCCUAUAAGUGUCUAUAGGAGCUGAUAAGGUAAGCAUUUUUCAACAGGAAGUAAAUUCUAAGCUUUACCAGGGACCUGUUUCAUAAAAGUUACAAGUCCUGGGUCCUGUUUCAUAAAAGUUACAAGUCCUGUAAUACAGGAAAAUUUCCUGUAUUACAGGUAAAAUUUAGAAGUUUGUGUUUCAUAAACAAUUUUCCCUGUAAAACAAUUCACAAGACAUUUGCCUGUAUUACAAGUAAAUAAUACAGGAUUUUAUCAUAGUUUCCAGGACAGAAUUUCUUACAAUAUGAUGCAGGAAACAUAUCAAUAUUAUGAACGGUUUAUAUUAAGCUUUCCUCAAUAAAGCGUUAUUGAAAAUAUUCAGAAAAUGUACGUCCAUACCGUAAUGUUUUAUGUUUUCUAUUAAAAAAAUUCAAUUAAUGACGUUAAUUCAAUUAUUAACAUUGAUAAUUAACUCUUUUUUUGAAACAUUACUACUUACAUAACUAUUAUGAUAAGUUAUGUAAGUUAAGUAGUUAUUAUAAUUUCUCAACUAUUUAUCAUUAACAAUGUUAUUUUCCUGUAUGAAUGCAAUCUGUCCAUCGUCAGAAAUUUUAUAAUGUGGAUUUUCCACCAAAACAUCUUAAGUAGCACUUUGUAUUAAAUUAGGCUCGCUGUCCAAUGAAAACAUUAAUUUAAAAUAAAGGAACUGUAAUACAGGUGAUUUUACAAGUUAUUGUAGAAUUAUUUUUAUGAAACAUAAUUUUACAGGAUUGCAAAUUUUAAUUUAUAAAUCCCUUAAUACAGGCCCUGUAUUACUGGGGUUUUAUGAAACAGGGUUUAAAAAGGCGAUUAUCAAUCUAUUGAAUGAUAAAAUUUCGAAUCAUCAAAUGCGCAAAUAUAAAUAAAUGAAGUAAAUUCAGCAACCGAAUAGAGAAAAUAACUACAUAAGAGUAGAAGAUGGAGAUAUAUAUGGACAAUAUGCAUUUUAAAUUUCAAGCUCAUUUGGAUAAUUGUUAAUCCUCUAUAGAUGUAAUUAUUAUAUUGACUGUAUAUUUGUAUAAAAUAAAGCUUAUGUACCUACAA